AUGACGUAUGGGACCUGGGAUUUGGUCGAAUCUUCUGAAGGAAGCCAUCCGCUUCAUCUCCUUCCUCCAAUUCUCCCCUUUCGCUGGCGGCGCCAAACCCUAGCCAAAGCCUCCGAGCUCACAAUUCCACGGAGCAGAUCGGCAAUGUCGUCCGCCGGCGACGGCACGAAGCCCUCGAGGUCCGCCAUCGUGGCCGACAUGGCGAGCGGGCACCACCUUCUCACUAUCCACGGGUACUCCGGCACCAAGAGCAUCCCCACCGGAGAGGGUGCCAAGUCCCUCCCCUUCACCAUCGCCGGCCAUCGCUGGCGCAUCGACUACUACCCCAACGGCAAAAAAUCCGAGGUCGCGGAGUGCAUAUCCCUCGGCUUAAUCCUCGACGAAGAUGUCGCGGAGGUGGUGAAGGCGAAGUGGGACAUCUGCUUCGCCAGCGAGGAGGAGGAGGCGAAGCAAGCGGCCUCGCUGGCGGAGGCAUCGGUGAACAACUUCGCCUCCGGGAGCAGCUGGUGGUACGAAUCGUUCAUCAAAAGGAAGGAACUGGAGAGCUCCGAGCAUCUGAGGAACGAUUUGUUCACCAUCCGGUGCGACGUCGUCGUCGUCCACGGUUGCCGCGCACAGGAGCACGCAGCGGCCUUUGUCUCCGUGCCCCCGUGCGACCUGCGCCGGCAUCUGGGAGAGCUCCUCGAGACCGAGAAGGGUGCUGACGUGGUGUUCGAGGUUGGCGGCGAGACCGUCGCCGCGCACCGCUGUGUGCUCGCCGCUCGCUCCUCGGUCUUCAGCGCUGAGCUUUUCGGCCCGAUGAAGGAGGGCAAUGCCGCUGGUGUCGUGCACAUAGAAGACAUCAAUGCAGAGGUGUUCAAGGCGUUGCUCCACUUCGCGUACACGGGCUCGUUGCCAGAGAUGCAGAAGGAAGAUGAAGACGUGACCUACCAGCAUCUGCUCGUCGCAGCAGACAGGUACAACAUGGAGCGUCUGAAGCUGAUCUGCGAGGGGAAGCUGUGCGAGUACAUCAAUGUGGGCACGGUGGCAACCAUCUUGGCGCUAGCCGACCAGCACCAUUGUGAGGGGCUGAAGAAGGCGUGCUUUGAUUUUAUAGGCUCUCCAGCUAAUUUGAAGGCUGUCGUCACCACUGAUGGAUUUAAGCAUCUGAGUAGGAGCUGCCCUUCCCUUAUGAUUGAGAUCGUCGCGAUGUCCUUGCCAUCUUAACUGAGAGAUGGGUGCACUGCGUUACAACAGUUGUGAAUCAUGGCUUUUAGACUUAUGUAAUCAGGUAGCUGUCUUACUAUUAUAUCUCUGCAUCUAUCCUAAUUAACGACCGAGAUGCAAAAAUUUGCCACAUUUUUCCCCUGUUUGUCAGUUCAUUGCAUCUCUGCAACUGUGCUAAUUAACCAUGAAGUGCAAUGGAGCGCUCAGUUUUUGGGUAAUGGUUGCUCAUUGUUUCCAGGUCUUUGUCGUGCGAUAUUUGUCCUGUUUUAGCAAUGAUUUCGGAACAUUGUUAACUCCUGUUAUUAUCACAUACUUCUUGUGCUACACGGUCCCAUUUACCCUGCCUUUUCUAUGGAGAUGCGAAGUAGGAUCACAUUGUUUCUGCAAA